GGGUAGGAGAUUCUAGACUGGCUCCCCAAGAGAGGGGUUAGCAGCAGUUUCCUUGACCCUGUGAGACUUGAACCGUCCUGGGUUGGUGAGAGGUUGGCAGCCUACAUGGUGGAAAAGGACUCAGGGAGGGGACGGCAACUACAGAAUUCACAGGCAGACCCCCAGGUGAAGUGAGAAGGGAGGUCUCUUAGGCUCAUUCUAUCCCUUAGACAUUACACAGAUCCAAACUCCCGCACACACCAUGAUUUGGACCCCCGCAUCUCUGCUUCUUGCUACUGUUGUUCUCAGUAGCUUCCCCAAACUAGGUUUUGGGGGGCGACUGAUGGCUAAAUUGGCAUCCAGGAAGCUAUGUGCGGAUGAAGAGUGCAGCUACCCCAUCUCUCAGGCCAUUGCCCUACAAGAUUAUUCGGCCCCAGACUGCCGCUUUCUGUCUGUGCAACAAGGCCAGGUCGUCUUUGUCUACUCGAAGCUGGUGGGCCGAGGUCGCCUCUUCUGGGGAGGCAGUGUUCAGGGGGAGUACUACGGGUCGCAGCCUGCCCGUUUGGGCUACUUCCCAAGCAGCAUUCUUCGAGAGGACCAUGUCCUGAAGCCAGGAAAGGUGGAGGUGAAAACGGACAAGUGGGACUUUUACUGCCAGUGAGUCCAGGCUGCUGUUGCCCCUGCCUCUGUCCAGCAGGAGAAGCUGAUGCUGGCCCUGAGCCCCAGGACGUCUGCUUCCCACC